AUGUUGUUCAUAAUAUAUUGUGAAAUUGAAGAAAACGAAUUGAUCGAAACUCCUUCAUGUCUUAAAAAGUAUGAACAUGCCAACUUGUCCGAAAAAAAGUUCAGUGCCACAGAACGUAAAGAAUUAUUUGCAGAUUUAUUGAAAUGUGCUUCUCUGAAUGAAAAUUCUGAAAAAAAGAGAUUUUAUGAAUGUCAUGACUCGACUAUUCUCGAUCGUUAUGUAAUUUUGAGUGAUUAUGAUUCGAAAUUUAUAUAUCAAAAAGGUUCACUCAAAACCAUGCCUUCUCUUUACAAUGCCUUUACAAGACAAAUUCCUGAUUCGAGUGAUCACUUGGAAGGAGACAAUUUGGAUCAUCUCACAGAUGACGACAUUUCCAAGUUGAAAAUAGUUUUUCAAAAAUUUAAAUAUGAGAAACAAUUGGAUCAAAUAGUGAAGGAUUAUGAAACUCUUUCAAAUUUUCCUCCAUUGUUUUUGGCAUUUUCGAAUACGGCUUGCAUUCCAUAUUGUCGAAAGCACCUUUUGAAUUGUUUGAAAAAAGUUUAUUCUCAGAAUCAUCCAGAAGGAAAAGUUGAUUUGGAUGAUGCUUCCAUUCUCGAUCAUUCUUCUCUAGAAGAUGCUUAUUAUUGUUUAUAUGAACCUUGUUGUUCAAAAGUGGCUAGUUAUAUUGAUUAUGAGAGAAGCAAACUAAAUGAUAGAUGA